AUGGCCACCAAAACAAGAGCACAGAGAAGGAAAUCCAAACCAUCAUCUACCCCACCACCAACCAAGAAGAGUACCAAGGUCCCAAGCUCUUCCCCACCACCAGCCAAAAAGAAAUCCACUGACCCAAGCUCUGUACCACCACCAGCCAAACAGAUUCCCUUUGUCCCAAACACUACCCCACUACCAUUGCCUUCCCCGGCCACUGUCAAUGACCCUACCACCAUCACUACCAAACCAGCAACUAAGACAAAACCUACCAUACAAAAAUCCAAAAGGCCAACAAAGCCUGCAUCAGCCGCACCUCCACCCAAGACACAAAAGACCUCCGCUACCACCAAAGCUACACCCCAGCCAAAACCUACUGUUGUACCAACCCCAAGCACCAAGAAAAAUCUGGUCCUUUCAGGUCCCACUAAGAAAUUUGUUUUUGCUCAAGCCAGAGCAAAAUAUGAGUCCAUUAAGACAAAUAAGUUGCUCCCCAAAAAAGGAUUUUUGCCUACCACAAUUGGGAAACUUCCUAUCAAAAACCAAAGCAUGCUAUCAUUCCAUUGUUUUGAGUGCGCUGUCUAUAAUGAUAUGGUAGUGGCCCCUACACUAGACAAUUUUAACAAGGCACUGCAGCUUGUCGCAUCUCCCGGCACUCAAUGGUUUGCAGCAGCAAAGCAGAUUUUGCUGAAGCAUUUUGAGCAGGCUGCUUUUGGACACCUAGGCGCACUUAGAAAUUCAAUGAGUGAGCUAGAAUAG